AUGCCUAUCCCUGCGACUGGAACACCCGUUGGCCUCGAGAUCCCCGUCAAGGACACAAAGCGUGCCGCCGCCUUCUACAGCGCCGUGUUCAACUGGUCAUUCUCUGCUGAGACCAAUGUCGGUGCCCCCGAGGAAUACCUGCUCGUCUUUAAGGUCGCUGGCGAAAUGUUCCCUGGCGGCGGAAUCAUCAAGAAGAUUCCCGAGGGAGACCUUGCUGCUUCUGGAUCUACCAAAAUCUACCUCUAUGUAGAUGAUAUUGAGGCUGCCAUUGAGAAAAUUGAGGCGAACGGCGGGAAGAAGCUUGGCGAGAAGGAGGCGGAGGGGGACCGGGCGUUCUACCAGUACUUUCAAGACUCUGAGGGUAAUGCCCAGGCACUUUACAGCUACAACAAGUAA